AAAUAUAAGCUCACUGACAGCCUGUGUCAAUAGGUCCGCUUAUGUGCAGGGAUUGCAUGGAGUACGGGAAUUGCGCAUGCUACUUUGGAUGCAUAGCUGCCGUUAGGCCCGUACGUGCCUCAACGCUCUAGCCAGAGAGAGCAAGUUUUCUUCAGAUAAAAAUGCUCUGUGUUGUCCCAUUUGUCUUUCUUCUCUUCUUGUCCCUCAUGGUUCUGAGGACAUGGUUCCCUGUUGAAGGCCUAAGACUCCUUUUUGUGUCUCUUCAAUCCUAAACUUUGAUCGGAAUGGCAGACACCAAGAUUGUGAAGCACACGGCAAUUGGCACCAGGACCGAUAUCGAUGGAGGUGCGAAAGACAGAGUCACUUCCCAGGAGCAGAAGCUCGUCCGGAAGAUUGAUAUCCAUCUGAUGCUUCCUCUAUGAAUCAUCUUUUGUUGGGCAUUUCUGGAUCGCAUCAAUCUCGGCAACGUUGCGGUCCUAGGGAUCAUAGAGGACCUGCAUAUGACCAGCAGAGACCUCUCCACUGCUCUACAAGUCUUCUUUGUGCCGUAUAUCUUGCUUGACAUUCCGAGCAACAUCCUUCUCAAGAGGCUGCCCCCGUCGACCUGGAUCAGCAUCCUCGCCUUCCUGUGGGGUGUAUCUUCUAUGUGCCAGGGAUUUUUCAAGAGCACCGGUGGCUUGGCUGCGUGUAGGUUUCUGAUGGGCGUUUUUGAAGCCGGGUUUGUUCCCGGCUGUGCCUACCUGAUGGCAAUGUUCUACAAGCGCCAUGAGUUUCAGAAACGGUUCUCUCUUUUCUGGGUUGCUGGCCUCAUUGCCGGUGCCUUCGGUGGCCUCCUGGCGUAUGCCCUCUACCACAUGCAAGGCCUAGCAGGGUUCGCUGGGUGGCGCUGGAUCUUCAUCAUCGAGGGGCUUCUCGCCAUUGUGACUGCCAUACCCGCCAAGUUCAUCAUUGCGGACUGGCCGGAAAAUGCCAGGUUCCUGACGGCAGAUGACAAGACCAUUCUCGCCCAGCGCCAGGCCCAAGACCUCGCCGACGGCGCUGCGCGGAUGGAUCGCCUCAACCGUGACGCCUGGAGGCGCAUCCUGGGUGAUUGGAAGAUCUAUGUCGGAGCCCUGAUCUACCUGGGCAUCACCGUCUCCGGCUACGCAACCGCCCUGUUCGUCCCCUCCAUCGUCGACUCUCUGGGAUACUCGGGCGUCGAAGCCCAAGUGCAUAGCAUCCCCAUCUGGCUCGUCGCCUCGGCGGUGACGCUGGUCGUCUCGUUUCUAACCGACCGCCUUAAGCACCGCUACGGCUUCAUGAUGUUCGGCCUGUGCUUCGCCUCCAUCGGCUACAUCCUCCUCCUUUGCCAGGGUCCGCCCGGCGGCGACCUCCCCCUGCACGUCCGCUACAUGGCCGUCUUCUUCAUCACCGCCGGCUGCUACAUCGUCCAACCCGUCGCAGUUGUCUGGAUGGCCAACAACCUGGGCGGCCACUACAAGCGCGCCGUCGGCCUGGCCAUCACCAUCGGCUUCGGCAACAUUGGCGGCAUCAUCGCAACCAACAUCUUCGCCAGUGCCGACGCCCCGCGCUUCUUCGUCGGCUACGGCGUCUCCCUCGCCAUGCUGCUCCUCUGCGGUACCGCGAGCAGCGUCUUCGCCAUUGGCAUUUCCCGUGAGAAUAGGCUGCGCGACGAGGGCAAACGUGCCGGUCGUCUCCACCAUCCGAACAUCGACAACAUGGGUGAUGAUGGCCCUCGCUUUCGCUUCAGUCUUUGAAUUCUAAUCAGUAUAUAUAUAUAUCUAUGUAUAUAUAUACUUUCAUGGUAGACUUCACAUAGAUGAUAGUCACCAGUAAUCAAUAUAUUCUGGUACUUAUGUGUAUUCUGACUACUACAAUUAAUUACUGCAUAAAACCCGCUUAACGUAGGCAUUGCUUUUCCGAGGGAUCCAAGUAUGUUCGGCGCAAAAGAAUAACCAAUGAGGCUCUAGAUUAGACAUGUGGGAUCAUUGCGGAAAGAUGUUCGGAAUUAAAA